AUGCCGCCCUAUCUAAAAGAGAUCUGGCAGGAGGGCGCAUCUUUUACUUCAUUUAAGCUCAUCGAGCAAGGGAGGUUCAACGAAGACGAGCUCCGCGAACUGAUGCUUGAGAAGCCUGCUAGAUACCCUGGCUGUACUGGUACUAGAACUUGGAGUGAUAACGCCAACGCCGAAAAGAUUGUUCGCAGCCUUCUUCGCAAAGUCCACGACGAAUUUAGCGGCCUUCCCCUAGAAGCCGUGGAUUACCCAGCGUUGGAGGUCAAGCCUUUGCCAAUGAAGACUGCAGGCUUCGAGGUGCCAGGAAGAUGGAAACAUUGA